GUUUUUUGCAACGAUUCCCGAAAAGUGUCGACUGAUUUUUGUAAAACGACGCAAAGGGAAUUUGUACUAAAUAAAAGAAUUUAAAUUUAAUUAAUAUACGGAAAAGAAUAUUCAGCAACAACGAAAGGUGUUAAACUUCGUGAAAAAAUUGUUUAAACGAGUAAUUUCUGAUUGUAAAAAAUUACGUGAAAAUAGGAAAGGUAGUAAAGAAGGAAAAAUCAAAGCGGAGCAGCAAAGAGUCUAGCAAGGAAGAUCCUAUUUCACCACAGUGGCUAAGUCGCCAUUUUGUCUGCUGGCCGGCUGAUUUUACUUGCGGGAUAUGGAAAAUUGUCUAAUUUUCCAAAAAAAAUAUCUUGAUUGGAAGUUCUAGUUGAGAAGAUCGAGUGGCAAUUGUGGCAAUUCCAAGGAUAAGUGAGAAUUGGGAAUUGUUCAAAGUUACGGUAAAGAAUUGUAAAGUGGUCAAAUAAUUGCAAAAUCAAGACAAAGAGGAAUUCGAGUGCAAUUCAAUGGUAAUAGGGCGGAUGCAAAAAAUGUAAAUGGAUUUUAUGUAUUGAAUAUGUAAAUGACCGAUAGUAACAUCAGUAAACAAUCUGUGUUUAAUUAAAGGUCACGUAGGUAAAAGCGCAGCAACCUACUUAUAUUCAAAUUAAUUAUAAUCAAUAAUUAAAAAUAAAGCAAUAAUUUGAGCAGCAAAGGAAUAAUUAUUGCAGCAGCAAUUAAAAGAAACCAUCACAAAAAAGUUACAACGGCUAAAGCAACGAAGCACAAAAUCAAAAGUUUGCUCCUGUGGAUACGGCGGUGGCUGUAAAAGUUUUAGGCUAUACAUUUCAACUUACGAAUAUUACAAAAGAGUCAACAGUUUGAUGCAUAAAAAUUAACGAAUAAAUAUUUCAAAUAGAUUAGAGAAGUUGCAUUUAAUUGACAAAGUGCAGCAGUAUUAGUGCCUCUCGUAACUACCACGAAAAAAUGACGUUUGAUACACGCGGUCGCCAGACAGGCGGGGGAGGUGGAAGUACCGGUAACGAUAAUUCCAAUGUGGGUACGGCAAAUACAAAUAGCAAUUUAAAUAGUAAUAGUGGCACAACCCUUGGGAAUACUACUGGUGGUGGCAGUGGCGGAGGUGUGAACAAUGGCACCGCAGAACAACCUACACCUUCUGCAGUUAAUCCGGACGCAAAUGCACUGUGUGGAGAGGCAACCACCAAUAACGCUGUUGUGGACAACAUAACGCCCGAAAAACUGAUUUCAUCGUUUCCUACGUUAAAAUUGCGUUCAUUAACACAAAAGAUCUCAAAUCCACGUUGGGUAGUACCGGUACUGCCCGAACAGGAGUUGGAAGUAUUGCUUAACGCAGCAAUUGCGCUUACAGCUGCAGGUGUGGAUCAUGAUUGCGAACCAUGCGUUGAAUUCUAUCGCAAUGCGCUUACUACUUCCUUUUCGAAAAUCCUUACCGACGAGGCGGUUAAUUCAUGGAAAUACAAUAUUCAUCAUUGCAUUUUAUUGUCCUGCGGCAAGUUACUACAUUUAAUUGCCAUACAUAUGCCGCGUGAUAAUCCCUAUUUAUUGGAUUUGCUAGCAAUGGUAUUUGAUCCGGAGAAUAAGUUUAACACAUUUAACGCAGCACGUCAACCCAGCUGCUUUGCUGCACCAGAAUUCCUUUGGGGCGUAUUAGACGCUAAUAAAAUGUUUGCCAAACCACCACCCGAGCCUAAAAAUCCACGUGGCUGGCUUGUUGAUUUAAUCAAUCGUUUCGGUCAGUUAGGUGGUUUCGACAAUCUGCUGGAACGUUUUAAUUGUGGUUUGCAGUUGUUAAAAAAGAAUCAAGAGCAAAGUGGACUCGAGUCGUCGGGAUCCGGCCUGGAUUUAAGUAGCAAGACCAGCAAAUCGUCGCAGGCGUCCGACGAUAGUCAGGAUAAUAAAUUAACACUGGCUUUGAUAUUUAGUUUACUACGUCCAUUCGGACAGUGCAGUGAACUACUAACACCUGCUACUAUUGCCAAAUACUUUAUGCCAAUUUGGAAUGUGGUACUGGACCUAUUAGAUAGUUUCUCCGAUGAUGAAUUGAAACGCGAAGCGAAACCAGAGGGACGAAACGACUACAUUAACGGCAUUGUUAAGUCGGCACGUUUGUUGGCAAGUCGUUUGCCAGGACAGGAGGAUUUGAUACGAGAUCUGGAAAUGUUUCGGUUGAAAAUGAUACUACGUCUAUUACAAGUAUCUAGUUUCAAUGGCAAAAUGAAUGCACUAAACGAAAUAAACAAGGUGCUUAGCUCCGUUUCAUAUUAUUCACAUCGCACGCAGCAAUUACAACACUGUUUGCCCGACGAUGAAAUGGACUGGUUGACGGCGGAACGAAUGGCUAACUGGAUUAAGGACUCUGAUGUACUGGGCAUUGUUCUGAAAGAUUCACUGCAUCAACCGCAAUAUGUGGAGAAGUUGGAGAAGAUCAUACGCUUUCUGAUUAAAGAGCAUGCAUUGACGCUCGAGGAUUUAGAUGCAGUUUGGCGUGCACAAGCGGGUAAACAUGAGGCGAUUGUUAAGAAUGUGCACGAUCUUUUGGCGAAAUUGGCUUGGGAUUUUACACCCGAACAACUGGAUCAUCUGUUCGAAUCCUUUCAGACCAGCAUGACAAACGCUAAUAAGCGUCAACGUGAGCGACUGCUCGAAUUGAUCAGACGCCUAGCCGAAGACGAUAAAAAUGGGGUAAUGGCACAAAAAGUUUUGAAACUUUUUUGGACGCUGGCACAUAGUCAGGAAAUACAACCAGAUGUAUUGGAUCAAGCUUUAGUGGCACAUGUGAAAAUCUUAGACUACAGCUGUUCGCAGGAGCGUGACGCGCAAAAAAUAGUUUGGUUGGAUAAAUGUGUACAAGAAUUGAAGAGUGGUGAUAUUUGGGUGUUGCCCGCCUUACGUUUAAUACGUGAAAUCUGCUGCCUAUAUGAUUCUUUGCCCAGUCAUGCACCGCGUACACAGCAAACACUUAAUCGUCAACAAGUUAUCGAGCGUUUGCAAAACGACUAUACUCUGGUGAUUCUGGUGACGAAUAGUUUAACAACGUAUAUGGAUAAAAUACGCACGAUGAUCGCUGAGAUACCGAAUGUGGAGCCGAGUACAUUAUGUAUCGAUGGAAGAUAUCCGCAUAAUAUGCAAAUACAAGAGCGCUUAGAUUUUCUGAAGUUUUUGCUGAAGGAUGGACAGUUGUGGUUAUGUGCCGAACAGGCUAAGCAAAUAUGGCACUGCCUGGCCGUGAAUGCAGUAUUUCCAAGUGAUCGUGAAGAAUGUUUUCGUUGGUUUGGUAAAUUAAUGGGCGAAGAACCCGAUCUGGAUCCAGGCAUAAAUAAAGACUUCUUCGAAAACAACAUUUUACAACUCGAUCCGCAAUUGUUAACGGAGAGUGGCAUAAAAUGUUUCGAACGCUUCUUCAAAGCGGUCAACUCCAAAGAGGAUAAAUUGAAAGCAAUACAUCGCGGUUAUAUACUUGACAAUGAGGAUCUCAUUGGCAAGGAUUAUUUGUGGCGUGUAAUAACCACAGGUGGUGAAGAAAUCGCCAAUAAGGCUAUUGAUCUGCUUAAAGAGGUUUCAACAGCGCUGGGGCCGCGCUUACAGGAGAGUAUUUGUGAUUUUCAUGAAAUGUUCAUUGCCGAAUGCUGUGAACGACUACGUACACAUUAUAGUAAUAUAAUUAUUUUGGGUAAAACGAUCGGCAGUAACAGUUCAAAUGAUCCUAGUCAAGCCGAUGCCGAUUCGAAGGAUAUAAAGGAUCGUUUUAUUGAAGCUGAGAAAAUGUGCCGUAUUAUCAAAGUAUUGCAAGAGUAUAUAAAAGAAUGUGAUCGUUCAUUUAAUGGCGAUCGCUAUCUAUUGCCUCUCAGUCGGGUGACACGCGGCAAGAAUACUAGUCUCUAUAUACGCUUUCAAAAUCCCGGCCGGCCCAUUGAUGACAUCGAAGUGACGACACACAGUAACGAAACGGUCGCCUCAUUCAAACGCAAUUUAUUGAAACGCAUUAAAGGCAGUUCGCCAGCCAACAUUAAAGUCGAUUUAUUUUACAAUAAUGGUGAACUUAUUGAGAUUAGCGAUGAGAUCAAUCCACUGUAUCAGUAUGCCAUACGCGAUAAAAUGAUACUCACAGCAAAGUUGACACCAGUCGGUCCAGGGCUGGCUAGUAGCCCCGAUUCGUCGAGCGAUUCCAGCACCGGCUCACCGCCACGACCCUGUCCCGACAUGCAACGCGUCGAGUCGGAGAGCACGUUGCCCGGUGUGAUCAUCGCACAGAAUUACAAAUAUACCGAGUUUUUUCUGAAGCUCUACCAACUGGGCAGCGAUUUGGAUCAUGGCCGUUUGCGUGAGAGCGCGAAAUCGUUGUUGCAUUUGUUGCCGUGCGAUUGGCACACCGUAAAGAUGCUGCAAACCAUGUGCCGCGUACAAGGUCAGCUGCAGGGCGGCGUUAGCGACGUUGUUAGUGCUGCAGUGACGGUAGAAGCGGGCAUUGGCACCAGCGCCAUACCAAGUGGCGUUGUUAAAGAAGAAGAGGCUGAAACGGUGGGCGUAGGCAAUGGCAGCGUUAUUGUGCAAAAUACAACCACCUUUGAUGGUGAUCAGAUUAAUCUGCAGGAAUGCACGCCUGAGAUGCUAUUUCUGCAUGGCUCACCCGCGCAGGUGCUAUACAAUUUGGGCGUUUUGAAUGGUCUGCUGAUACCGGCUUUAGAUCCCUACGGCGAGGCGGCAAUGCAAGUACAAUCGGCCUGGCUACAUUCGGGCUGUGCACAUUUCAUAUUGGAGUUGUUAACCAAAAACAAUUUCUUACCCAAUGCCGAUAUGCAUACCAAACGUGCGGCAUUUCACUGUGUGCUACACCUGGCACGAUUGUUCCUCUACACUGUGGGCUAUGUGCUGUCGCGAGUCGGCGACGAGCCGAUGUUACGUGACUUCGAUGUAGGCGCACGUUCACAAGUUGAAAUACUUAAGCAAAUACUGAAUUCGAUACCGAACAACUCGGAAAGCACCAUGCGCGCCAUCUCCACAAAAUUGGCUGAAAAUUUAGCCGCGGAAAUGCUUUCCGCCAGCGCCGAAGGAGAACGCUGUCGCAUAUUAUUCAGCUCGACACUGCAGUGGUCCUGCCCAGAUAUAGCUACCAUUAAGGCUGUCAUCCAAUUGGCUUGGUCAUCAUCGUGUGGCAAUCUGCAAGCGUUGGGUAAUAAAAAUGACUUUGCUAAUGACAUCACAAUGCCGGAUGCCCAGGAUUUUGCCAUGUGUAAAGAGGCUCUCGAAGUGCUAACCAUUUCAUUGGUACUUAAUCCGAGCGCUAACGAAGCGUUAAACAACGAUCCCAUUUGGCCGAAAUUCAUUACAUCGCUUAUAUUGAAGAAUCCAUCGCGUCACGUGCGUCAGAUAGCCGCCGAUCAGUUGUUCCUUUCGUGCACUUACUGUGCCGGCGAUCGACGACCAUUCGCUUAUAUGGUUAAUCUGCUGGUGAAUUCACUAAAAACGCUAGUGCCACAAUACGAGGCAACAUGUGCCGAUUUCUUUCAACUGCUCUGUCGCACACUCUCAUAUGGCAGUGUGUGCAAUUGGCCGCUCAACAUUGGUGAUGGCUUGCUAACCGAGGAGAUCAAUUGGUUGCAGAAGAUACGUGAAAAUGUUAUACAUACCGGUGACAUACAAGUACAUGAAGAUCUAUUGGAGGGUCAUUUGUGUUUGGCCAAAGAGUUGAUGUUCUUCUUGUCGCCAGAGACAAAGUCCCAACUUACCGAACUGAUCGACGAGAUUAUUGACAUUUUCCUCUUUCCGGCUUCACGUGAAUACCUGCACUUACGUAAGUUCAACAAAUUGCAAAAUCCAACAUCACCGCCACCCGUUUGCCGUAGUCCCCACACCAUAGCGGCGGCUUGCGAUUUCUUGAUAGCACUUUGCCAGAAUUGUGUUCCUAAUAUGAAAUUGCUGACCAAUACGCUGAUCGAUUUCGUAUGUACCGAUACGGACCCGUUGCGUGAGUGGGACUUUCUGCCGCCGGUUGGUCCACGACCCGUUAAAGGUUUUUGUGGUUUGAAGAAUGCCGGCGCCACGUGCUACAUGAAUUCAGUGUUACAACAAUUGUAUAUGGUGCCAUCCAUACGUGUCGGCAUAUUGAAGGCCGACGGUGCUUCUACAAUUGAGAAUGAAGAUUUCAGCGGCGAAACAGAUGUGGCUAGUAUAAAUAGUGCGCUGUUUUCCAGUCCCGGUAACGGUGAAGAUAAUGGCAGCGGUACUGAUGUGCGAAAGAACUAUCAUGUAGUCAUAUUGAAAUAUGUGCAGGCGAUAUUUGCCCAUCUGGGUCACAGUUCGUUGCAGUAUUAUGUGCCACGCGGCUUGUGGGCAUAUUUUAAGUUACAAGGUGAACCCGUUAACUUACGCGAACAACAAGAUGCAGUUGAAUUCUUUAUGUCGCUCUUCGAGAGUCUGGAUGAAGGUCUCAAGGCAUUGGGCCAUACGCAAUUGAUGAAUGCCACAUUGGGUGGCUCGUUUAGCGAUCAGAAGAUUUGCCAGGAAUGCCCACAUCGCUAUUCCAAGGAGGAGCCGUUCAGUGUGUUCAGUGUGGAUAUACGAAAUCAUAGCUCAUUAACAGAAUCGCUUGAGCAGUAUGUCAAAGGUGAACUGUUAGAGGGCGCUGAUGCAUACCAUUGUGAUAAAUGUGAUAAAAAAGUAGUUACAAUUAAGCGGUUGUGUGUGAAAAAACUUCCGCCUGUGUUAGCAAUUCAAUUAAAACGUUUCGAAUACGAUUACGAGCGCGUUUGCGCCAUUAAAUUUAAUGAUUACUUUGAGUUCCCACGUGUUCUUGAUAUGGAACCGUAUACAGUUUCGGGCUUAGCCAAAUUGGAGGGUGAAGUCAUUGAGGUGGGCGAUAAUUGCCAAUCGAAUGGCGAAACAACAAAAUAUGAGUUGAGUGGCAUUGUGGUACAUAGCGGACAGGCCUCCGGUGGCCAUUACUUUAGUUACAUACUUUCUAAAAAUCCCUCCACUGGCAAGGAACAAUGGUAUAAAUUCGACGAUGGCGAAGUGAGUGAAUGUAAAAUGCACGAGGAUGAAGAACUGAAAGCGCAAUGCUUCGGUGGUGAUUACAUGGGCGAAAUAUACGAUAACAAUUUGAAGCGCAUGCAAUACCGGCGACAGAAGCGUUGGUGGAAUGCAUAUAUGCUCUUCUAUACACGUUGCGAUCAAAAACCCAUACAAUUCGAACCCUGUGUAGAGCAAUUGUCAUUGGCCGAAAGUCGUAAUUUCGUUUUACCGCUGCCAAAGCCAAUCGAACGUAGCGUGCGUCACCAAAAUGUACGAUUUCUGCACUCGAAGAGUAUUUUCUCGGUGGAAUUCUUUAAUUUUAUUAAGAAAUUAGUUAGUUGUAGUAUACCAUCAACACGUCCGGACAAAAUGACACCAGCUGCUGAGGAGCUUUCAUUGCUAGGCGUUCAACUAGCAUCGCAAUUCUUAUUUCACACCGGUUUUCGAACGAAAAAAUCGCUGCGAGGACCAGUUAUCGAGUGGUACGACACAUUGUCACAUCACAUACGGUUUUCUUCGCUUGUGCGCAAAUGGUUCGCCGCCAAUGCUCUACUCAAUCCAUCAUCCCGUUUGGGUGAAUAUAUAUUGAUGGCACCUUCGCCGGAAGUGCGAACUGUAUUUGUCAAAUUGGUGGUUUUCUUCUGUCACUUUGCCAUAGCCGACGAGCCGCUGGCUGGCUAUGAAGGCAGCAAUUUGUGUGAACAGAUUUUAGUAAGCGUUUUGGAUUUGUUGAAGUGUGAAGCCGUCGAUUAUGGCAAACAUUUGCCGCAUUACUUUAGUCUGUUUAGUAUGUAUGUGGGCUUGGGCAUACCAGAGAAGCAGCAAUUAUUGAAGUUGAAUGUGCCGUUCAUAUUCAUGCAAGUCGCUUUGGACGAGGGUCCCGGUCCAUCGAUAAAAUAUCAAUAUCCCGAACUGAACAAACUGCAUCAGGUGGUUUCGCAGUUAAUACGUUGCAGCGAUAUUUCUGAUAAAUGCCAGAAUUCGAAUCAAAAUGCACAACCACUUGAGAAUCCAUUUAAGGAUUCAAAUAUUAGGCGUGAAGAAUUGGUGCCAUUAUCUCCAGAAUGUGCUGACAUUCUAUUCAAUCGAACGGGCUAUAUUAAGAAACUUAUAGAGGACACAGCUGUUGGUGAGGAAGGCAUAAAAUUGCUGCAGUAUUGCAGCUGGGAGAAUCCACAUUUCUCACGUGCUGUGUUAACCGAACUGUUGUGGCAAUGCGGUUUCGCCUAUUGUCACGAUAUGCGUCAUCAUACCGAAUUAUUGUUGCAUAUAUUGCUAAUCGAAGAUUCGUGGCAAAAUCAUCGUAUACAUAAUGCACUCAACGGUGUGGCGGAGGAGCGUGAAGGCCUGCUGGAGACGAUACAGCGCACAAAGACGCAUUACCAAAAGCGCGCAUACCAAAUAAUCAAAUGCCUUACACAACUAUUCCACAAAUCGCAAGUGGCCCUACAGAUGCUUAAUUCGAAUGCCAGUAUUGCACGACAUUGGACCAUGGCAGUGGAAUGGUUGCAAGAUGAAUUGGAGCGACAACGUAGCUGCCAAUACAAUUCGUACUCAUGGUCACCACCGGCCCAGAGCAAUGACAACACAAACGGCUAUAUGCUGGAACGUUCACAAUCUGCUAAGAAUACGUGCACUAUGGCGUAUGAGUUAUGCCCCGAAGAGGAACAAGAGGAGACCAAUGAGUCGGACAUAGAGCCGACCGAUGAGUCACAGCGACAGCAGCAGCAACAACAACAGCAGCAGCAACAAAUUACACAGACGCUGCAAGCACCCGUUGCGGGUGAUACGUUAACAAGUGAUACAGUAGUACCCGCUAGUCCAGCACACAAACCGUUUAUGGUGGGACCGGUGAAUAGCAGCAGUACUGCUGGUUAUUGGACUGCUACGAAUUCAUUUGCGGCUGAUAGUCAUACAACAACAACUACAACUACAGCCACCACUAGUAGUGGUGGUGUAUUGACUGCGAUAAAUAGCACGGAACAACAACAGCAACAACAACAAGCUAACACAGAUGCAAACAUAAACGGUUUGACAUCCAGUGUGAAACAGCUGACGCUAUCCCCAAAAACGUCCACCAGCGGCGGCAUUGGUGAGACGACAACGACUACAGUGACGACGACGAUGAUGACUGGCCAAGACAUCGAAAACCCCAAACACGCAGCGCUGACAGCACAGCAGCAGCAGACAAUGGCAAUAAUGUCGCCUGCAUUCAUACAACUACAACAACAUCAAUCACAACCAACGGCUGUAGUUCCAUUAGCUGCACUAACGGCAGCCACAUCAACAAAUACCACAACAACAACAACGAUUUCAAUCAGUUUGCCUGUAAAUACAAUAAUUGCAACAGCAACAACCACAACACCGGCUACAGCCUGCAUUGCACCAACAACAAGCACACUAAUCAACACACUCACAGCAGUAGCAGCAACAAAAGCAACAACCAAAUUGGAGAAUGGCGAUAAUAUAACAGCAGCAGCAGCAACAACAACAACAACAGCACUCAAUGAACAACAAUCGAUAACGUAGAUGAAGUUUUAAAAUACAUAAAAGAAAUGGCACACACACAUACACACAUGCAAUAAAUGCAACAACACAACAAAUAUUAAUAAUAAAUGAAAGGAGCAGAAAUGGAAAAAUAUACGUAAAACGUGCGUUUUUCAACGUUUAAGAAACAAAUACAAACACACUUACAUAUAUACAAACACAAGCAUAUAGAAUGAAGGAAAGGCGAAAUGAAAGCGAAGCAAAGCAAACAAACACAAAACAAAGAUGCAAAUAUUAUUAAUUUAAUUUAUUCAUUAUGAUAAUAAAAUAAAUACAAAAUAUUGCAAAUAAUAAAACCAAAUGCUAAUCAAAAUGUUGGAGUGGACUGUGGAGAAAGUGGUGAUGAUAGAGAGAGAGAGAAAAGAAGAAUGAGUGUGGGAUAGUUAGUAGAAGAGGAAGGCAAAUGGGAUAUAGCAUAGUAAGCGAGAGGAAAAUUUGCGGAUGUGACUUGGGGAGCAACUGAAAAUGGUGCAGCGCCUAAAAGCAGGCUACAAAAUUUGCAAGGUUAGCAAACUACUUACUCCUACUACACAUACACAUUAGUUAGCGGCGUAUUCUAGCAUGUAGUUAAUCUUUUGGCGCAUACUGGGAUGCACGAAGUACACUACAGAGUCGCUUAAAGUCGGCGCAAGUUACAACGGAGAAGAGUCUUAGUCAGGCUUUUUAAAACGACACACAACACACACUAGUUAUAAACUACAUAAUUAAGCUAUUCAUACGAAAUAAUUAGCAA